ACCAUUGAACAGUUUAUUACUGAACUUAAACUUCUGAAUUUAAACUUCUGAACUGUGAAUUUGGUUCGGCAUUUAAUGAUAUGGUAAGGGAUAAGAUUGUGUUUAGUGUGAAGGAGGAGAAAUUAAAGGAAAGAUUGCUGAGGGACCCUAAUCAUACUCUGGAGAAAGCAACUGAAAUAUGUCAUCUAGAAGAAAUAACGAGAGCUCAACUACAGACUAUGUCAACUUCCUCAAUAUAUGGCAAGGAGUUGUAUGUAGUACAUGUAACUGAUAAGGAUUGUGAGGAGAUUCCAGUACAGGCCCUUGGACCUGAGAGGGCACAAUCUAAAUGCAGAUAUGAACGAACUAGAAAUAAUAAGUGCUCUUGUUGUGGUACAGUGCAUAAGCCUCAAAAUUGUCCAGCAUUUGGAAAGAUUUGUCAUAAAUGUGGAAUAAAAAAUUAUUAUGCCAGAGUAUGUAAAGUAAAACCAUCAAGUUUCAACAAAGAACAGGGACAUCAAAUCCAGGAGCUUGAUUUAAACAGUUUGUUUACAGGAGAAUUAGUUCAUGAGACUACUGGUGUAGCUGCAAGCCAAGUGGGUGGAUGGUAUGUUCAUAAUUCUGUGAGGACUUUCAGUAAAAUUCAAACUGGAUACAGGAGCUGAGGCGAAUGUUUUGCCACUGCACCUAUUUCGUGAGUUCCCAGGCAAGAAAGUGCUAACUAAAAGUGACAUAAGGCUUGUGGCUUAUGGUGGAGCGCAUAUGAAGCCUUUGGGAACUAUUGUCCUUGAUUGUCAUACCCCAAGAGGAGCAGCUAGAUUACUGUUUUAUGUAAUAGAUAGCUCUUCUCUUCCAUUAUUGGGCAGGGCUGCCUGUGAGACUCUGGAUUUGGUUCGUCGGGUUGAUAGUGUGCACACAGUUGAACUUUUAACACAAGAGCGGUUACUUGCCAUAUAUUCUGAUGUUUUUGAAGGUCUUGGCGAAUUUGAGGGUGCUCACCACAACGUAGAAAACCAGCAUGCCGUGGCUAGGCUAGAACUCUUCCCUCUGACAUCAACUUUUCUGUGUAAGCGGCCAGGCGGGUGUGUUAGGGAGGUGUAUUCAGUCACGUGACACACCGCCAGUGGCGUCUGAAGAGGUACUCCAGAUACAGGUUGGCCGCUUUCUCUGCUGUUUACGAGAACUAGGUCUGCCUCACAAGGGUGUUGUGAAGCUACAGUGUUGCUCUGAGCAACUUGAACCAGGAGUAGGAAACGGACGAAAGAAACAAAUUGCAACAAAAUAAAGAAAAUCCAAAAUCGCAAUCUCUACCACUCGUGAAUGCCCACUAUUUGGCACAGAAAGAGUUAAACUCCUGUUGUAUGGAGUUUCCGCCCUCUCCGUUUGACGUCAGCGCCCGGCCACGCCCAUUUCGAACGCUCAUACAAGAUGGUGGAUGUUUCGCUGUGACAGGCCCCUGGAUGAGGCGCAACCAGAACUCCUCCGGCACUCUCACGAAUGGCUUCUCUGCCUCCUCUCCAGACCCUGGCCCUUCAGGUGGGGGCAGGAGUGGAGACAUCCUGCCUUUCUCAAAUAGCCUGACAACAAUGCUUGCCUCUCGCAGGAAAAGGCUAGGAGGGAGACCCAUGGCCGAAACACGGGGCACCAUCAAGGUGGAUCUUCCCAAUCAACAGCGCACAGUGGUAACUGUCCGGCCGGGUACAACUGUCUAUAGCUCCCUGGACAAGGCCCUGAAGGUUCGUGGGCUCAACCAGGACUGCUGUAUAGUCUACAGGAAAAGGGGUGAUGGGCAAAAAACUGUCACGGAUUGGGAGACAGACCUGGUCAACCUGGAGGGGGCUGAGCUCCUUGUGGAAGUCCUGGAAGAUGUACCGCUUACUGUGCACAAUUUUGUCCGAAAGACCUACUUCAAUCUGGUCUUCUGUGAUUUCUGCCUUAAGUUCCUCUUCCACGGCUUCCGCUGCCAGACAUGCGGCUACAAGUUCCAUGAGCACUGCAGCAGCCGCGUGCCUACGGUCUGCCUCAACCUGGCCACUAUGCAUAAGCCCGUUUACAGCCACGAACCCUGGCAGUAUCCUUCAUUGUGGCAGGAUAUUGUCCCGACAACCCCAGUCCAGCCGAGUCACGAGCCGAUGACCCCACAAGCUAUCCGCUCACGCAAGCAGUUGCCCCUCAGCCAAGACGCCUUCAGCUUCCCCAGCCUUCAUGGCGAUGGGCAGCGCCUGCAGCGGCACCGCUCAACCUCCACCCCAAACGUCCACAUGGUCAGCACCACCAGCCCUGUGGACAGCAGCAUGCUUGAGAUCCUAACCAGGAAUCACAACACGGAGGGCGUAGGUGGGCCUGAGCUGCCUCCUCACACCCCACCAGCUCCCCCUGUUUCCAGCAUGGCUGUUGUUUCGCCUGGGCGACGCUCCCCACACCCCAAGUCCCCCGGCGAGUCCCCGAGGGAGCGCAAGGCCUCUACUGAAGACAAGAAGAAGCCUAAAUCCUUGGGCUACCGGGACUCCAGCUAUUAUUGGGAGGUGUCCCCUGCCGAGGUAACAAUGCAGAAGCGCAUUGGCACCGGAUCCUUCGGCACCGUCUUCAGGGGCCGCUGGCAUGGGGAUGUGGCAGUCAAGAUCCUCAAGGUCACCAACCCCACCUGCGAGCAGGUGCAGGCCUUCAAGAACGAGAUGCAGGUGCUCAGGAAGACACGCCACGUGAACAUCCUGCUCUUCAUGGGGUUCAUGACCCGCCCCAGCUUUGCCAUCAUCACCCAGUGGUGUGAAGGCAGCAGCCUCUACCAGCACCUGCAUGUCCAAGAGACCCCCCUGGAGAUGAUGCAACGGAUCGACGUGGCCCGGCAGACAGCGCAGGGCAUGGAUUACCUUCAUGCUAAGAACAUAAUCCACCGAGACCUCAAAUCCAACAACAUCUUCCUGCAUGAAGGACUGACAGUGAAGAUCGGUGACUUUGGCCUGGCCACCGUGAAGACGCGAUGGAGUGGUUCACAGCAGGUGGAGCAGCCCAGCGGCUCCAUUCUCUGGAUGGCGCCUGAAGUGAUUCGAAUGCAAGACCCCAACCCCUACAGCUUUCAGUCAGACGUCUACUCCUAUGGAGUCGUUCUCUACGAGCUGCUCUCUGGGACCCUCCCCUACAGUCACAUCAACAACCGGGACCAGAUUAUAUUCAUGGUUGGCCGGGGGUACCUGUCCCCCGACCUUAGCAAGGUGCCCGGCAAUUGCCCCAAAGCUAUGCGCAGGCUCAUGGGUGACUGCCUUAAAUUCAAGCGUGAAGAGAGACCCCUGUUCCCUCAGAUUUUAGCCUCCAUUGAGUCGCUCCAACGUUCUUUGCCCAAGAUCGAACGCAGCGCCUCUGAACCCGCACUCCAUCGGGUGGGCCACAAUGAAGAACUGACUUUCUUCGGCUUCCCAGCUGCCCUGCGGCUCCGGAGCUAAUGUAGCACCAGUGGAACUGCUACCAAAGGCCACGUCCUCCUGGAGGCCAGUAUCUGCUUCUCUCAGCCCUCCCUGGGAGAGACAGAGGAGUCGGUCAGUCCCAGGAGGGCAACCACAGGCCCUGGCAUCCUGUUGUCUCGCCCAGUCCUGGGCUCUGCAAGGUGGGAGGGGGCGUCCAUGUGCAUUUUGCCCCCACUCUGAAACCUGUGGUCCUAACAGAGGUUGCCAAAGCAGAACACACCUAAUAACGUCCCUGUUCUCCAGUGACUUUGGCUCCAUCUUCCCCAGGUGUCUUUUUUUUUUUUAUGGGACAUAUCCUGAUUUCAGGAUUUUGUAGGUGUCAUCGUUUGUUUGCUUAGAAGCUCCAGCACAGAAAAGUGUGGAAGGAAGAAAAGAAAGGUCUGUGGAAAAUUAGCUGGAGAUGGUGUAAUAAAAGGCUAAGCCCUAUCUGCAUUAUGUAUGCUGUCUCCCUCCAUGUAAUCCUUCAUUCCUCCCAAGCCCCAACUCCAUAUCCAAGGCAGCCUCACAGAGGGUCUCUGUGGCUUCUGGAAAAUCAUUGUUUGUAAUACACAAAGAGGGGAUCAUGUGCCUAGACCUCAAGGAUUUUGUUUAUGGCCCAUAACCUUGAGGAAGGUGGGUUUGCAGCCCUUCCAACAGUUCCAAUGAACACACUUCCUUGCCUCAUCCCUCCAAGUUUCCAUUCUCCCACCCGCAUGCACACCUGUCUCCAGCAUGUAUGUGCAGCUAAGUGAGUAGAUUUGAGAUUGCUGUUGUACAUGACAAUCCACACAUAGGGAUUUACAUCAACCCCAUAAGUAAGGGAUGAAGUGGCCAUUGUGUGGGUUCCCAAGCAUGUUCAGAGCUAGGGCUCUGGUGUGUUGCAAGCCUCAGGAGCAUAGAGUUUCAUAUCUGUAGAACAGCCACCUGAAAUGCUUUCUCUGUGCCUUUAACUUAAAAUGUGUUGCCUGCAUAGAACUGUUAAAACUCAUCUGAGGAUAAGGGUGCAAUUUCUAAAUUUGGGGAGAAGACUGCCUGAAGGGUCAGAUUUUGGGUUCUGCUAAAGCAGGGGUAGCUAAUAGGGCUGUGCACCACAUUCGGCCAAGGCCUGAGCCAAAUUGGGCCCAUUUGGACGUUUUAGGGCCUCGGCCAAGUCAUGUUCUGAUAGCCGCAGAUCGUUAUGAGUUGGAUUAGAUGACCCAGAGCAACCGGGGGUUAUCGGGGCAGGGUAUCAACCAGAAAGAAGCAGCACCUGCAGCUCUCACUCUUGCCUGAUGAGCAGAGGCAGCAAUCCUCUGUGCGUGCCGGUGCUAUUUUGAAAAGGGCUUUGCUAUCGGAACAGCACAUCCUCAGAUUGCUUCCUCCUUGCAUGAUGCUGUUUUGCAAAGAACUUGCCUACUUUGCAAAACAGCAUUACGAAGGAUAAAUUGACCCCGCCCUCAGUUGGGGGGAGGCAUGUCCCUCCCCAUGCCAUAUGGUUAAUUGGGGGUACUCUAAUUAAAUAUGAUCCCUGCCCAUCAAAUGUAUUCGAGGCUGGCUCCAAGCCAGGAUAGGUGAUCCCUAGCUGACCCAGGGCAGGUCACCUGAUGCCCCUCCCCUCUUCUAGGUGUCUUACUGGAACCAGGGAGUACAAAUCAUCCUGGGUGCUAUAGGAAACACCAUCCUGUAUAUCAUGUGGGUGAACCUGUACUUCUGUUUUGUAACUCCCAAGUACCUGAGCUCUGAAACAUGUUCAAGUCUCAAACUGUGAACACUUUCCCCUUUGGUUCUUUUUUUAAAUAGAUUUUAACUCAGUGCGUUUAAUGGAUGCUUAUGAUUCGGUUUUAAAAGAUUGUAAGUGAACAUGUUUGUAUUAAAUUCAGCUUUCAUUUUAA